AUGACGGAGAAAUUAAAACAGCGCGUUAAUACUGCGUUGGAUAAAGCCAAGAAUGCCGCUACUGUGGCUGUCAAUGCUUCGGGUGACGCGGAGGAGCUGCUGUCCCAGACCGAAACCGAAGCCAAACACGCAAAGGAAACAGAGGCCGUUGUGAGAGGGACCGUGUGGGCUGAUGAAGAUGAAAUGCUGGUAAUGGUGGAGCUGGUUGAAGAUAAUGUGGUAACGGCCGUGAAGGUCUCCUUGCAAGUGAAAGGAAGCAUGGAGAAGGCAAUAAACGCGGCGACAGCAGCUGAGAAUGCCCAGAAGGACGUCGAGAAACUAUUGCAGUCGGCUUCAACAGAAGCAGAGGUUGAGGGCUCACAUACUGCAAACAGCACUGCUCCUUUGCCUGGGGCCGAAGGGGGCGUGGCCUCGUCUCCAGCGGCAGGCACAACUCACGACCCUCUUGCUGGGCCCAACAGCAGCGGAACUGAUCGUCAGGAUGGUAAUGGCGCCACCGACGGCAGCGGCGACCAUAUGUGGGGGCGGGCCCAACUGCUGCGGCUACUGCUCCUUUCUGCGCUGAUCUGCUGUGCCGUGUGUUGA